UCAAUCUCAGUCCGCGCGUAUGAUUUACGCUCGAUUCAAUUUUUCUUUCAAAGCUCCCCUUAUGCGCAUUGCGCACCCUUCCCGCUGCUUCUUCACAUCCUCCAUUUCCUUUGCUCGAACUCAGCUUAACGUUUCUCUAAAACCUUUGCCUUCUGUUUCUUCUUCAUCCAUGGCGGAUCGUAGCAACUUCUCAACUGUAUCCGCCGAAGAUGAGGCGAAGUAUGGCUUCACGCGCGAGGAGAUGUACUCGAGUAACCUCGCUGGCACCGUCAAUCCUUACGACCGUCACUUGUUCCUCCGCCAUAGGUCCUAUACCGAUUGGGCUUCCCGCGUUGAAGAGGACUCCCUACCUAAGCUUUUCUCCUCCACUCUUAAGUCUCGCAAAAACGACAUCCCUGUUAAGACACUGUUGACGGUUAUUGAAGGAGAGCAAUCUGAUGGAGAUGUGCUGAUUUUCCCUGAAAUGAUCAAAUACAAGGGUUUGACCGAGGCUGAUCUGGAUGGCUUUGUUGAGGAUGUGCUUGUGAAUGGCAAACCAUGGGCUUCCGGAAUGCAGGAAACGUUUACUGGUUCUUAUGUCUUUGUGUGUGCUCAUGGUAAUCGUGACAAGAGAUGCGGUGUAUGUGGACCGAUCCUGAUUGAAAAGCUGAAUGAGGAGAUUGCAUUGCGAGGAUUGAAGGAUCAGGUGUUUGUAAAUGCUUGCUCUCACAUUGGAGGGCACAAGUAUGCUGGGAACUUGAUUAUCUUCAGUCCAGAUUCCAAGGGAAAAAUUACAGGCCACUGGUAUGGCUAUGUUACUCCUGAAGAUGUACCUGAAUUGCUGGAUCAGCACAUUGCGAAUGGCAAAAUAAUAGAACGUCUUUGGAGGGGUCAAAUGGGGGUUUCUACUGAAAGUGGUGAUGGAACAGGGGAACAGAAGCUUCCGAAUGGGACAGAAGUGAAGAAAAAUGAGAAGCCUGAAGAGUCAACUGUUCAAAAGACCAGGGAAAAUUUGGGCGGUUGUUGCCAGGGUGCUAAUGGGUCUAGCUGUUGCAUGACUGCUAGCUCGGAAGUAAGUGAAACAAAGAAAACUGAAGAAACAACAGAAGCUCAUGGAAAAAAGGGGCUGUGCGGUUUGACAAGCUGGGUAGGAUCAUGGGAACAACGUGAUGUUCUUACAGCAGCAGCGGUGGUUGGAGCUGUGGCAACCGUUGCUGUGGCUUAUAGCUACUAUAGAAAGGUCAGGCUGAAUUAAGGACAUGUAAUCCAAUUUCGUACUGUUUGCUCAAGGGUUGUACACCCCUGUUUUUUGGUUGCGGAGGCAAUGGUGACAAUAAAAUAAUCCUCCAAACGACAAACUUCAUUAGGAGAUGGGUACAAAUAGUCAUAUUACUUUUAUUUUGAUAUCUACUUGCAUUGAGAUGUUUCAGUAGAUGCAAUUAGACAUUUGGAAUGCUUCAGCUCGAUACCGAAAUUAUGAGUAGAAAAAUGCUUGCUAAAAUUUGUUGGAUACGAUAUAAUUUAAAGUUUUGGUUUGUUUGGUA